GCUUGAUGGAGAGCCUAAAAAAUCACUCACUAGCUAUAGCCCGAAUGCUCACUCGAUUCGCCCGUUACAGGUUCAGGUGCGGUCAAUGCUCGGGGUGUAUGUCCACAGCUCUGGCUUGGCUGCCUGCCUCAUGGACCGCAAUCGGACUGCAGCAUAAAAAAUGUUCGCUUUGCAGGGAUUCGAGUGGAGGAGAGGAUCGUCGUAAGAGAGUGGCGGGGAGAGACUGGGCCGUAGUAAACUCAGCGAGGAUACCGUUUUUCGCAUGCUGCGGUCAUGGUUUCAACGAGUCAACUGAGAAGUUGAAACAUUUUCCUCAACCUGCGCUCGUCGAUGGCUCCGCGGGUGGGGCGGGAGGGCAGGGCUGGGCAGGGCCGGGGUGGAAAGCCGUGUGCGAGGAGGAACACGGAAACUCCACGUCGAUGCGAGUUCAUACGAUGAGAUCGACCAGAGCCGAGGACCGUGUCAUCGAAACAGCUCACGCGGAGGCGAAAAAGGUGCCGUGGAAUGUUUCAAACGCUCAGCUGCUGCGCCUUUUGGGGGCCACAAUCGAACUGACCGCCCGUCGAUCAUCGAUUCGCGAGGCAAGAAGACAUCGGAUCUGACUGCCUCGCGGCCCGACGCGAACAGUGGACGGAUUCAGGUCCGAUCAAGUCAGCCAUAGGGGCUCGGAUUCUGUAGUCCCGCUGGUUUCAACGAGCAUGAGGCAGGCAGACGUGCGCGGUUGGCAGGGUCAGCCGGUUGACAAUGAAUCGGACGACUACACGACGAAUCGCUCGCUCUGGGGGUGGGGUCGCAGUUGAUUGAAUCUCAGCUGCGUCCUGGAUCAGAGCGGGAUCCGUGGACAAUCGAGGGUCAGUCAUGCUGUUGCCGAGCAGCUUCCGUCCAGAUGGUGCAACAUCCGUCAAGUCCACGGUCUCCGAUAUGAAUGUUCGAUUCCAGCACCGGUCACGCGCGGAGUAACUGCGGUAUGACCUCCAACAGCAAUGAUCAGAGAUUGCACAAGGGUCGCGUUGCUUGUAUAUGGGCCGAGAUUCUGCUGUAAUCUUGCGCACGGCUCGGUUUACUCGGUGGGGACAGAUUUGUAAUGACGGAGAUGAGAUGGAACAGCCCAGAGACAAGUGGUGCACGAGCAAGGGUUCGGUAGAUUUUAUGAGUUGACGACCCGUAAUGCAUGAAGAGAUAUAGAUGGUCUCGAACUUUCGAUGUCGGAUUGCGCAAACGGCGACGCUUGGUCCCUCUCGCAGUCAUCAACAGCCACCAUUUGGAUGUUGGAUCGGCUGUGUCAAGGUGAGAAGAUUUGCUAUGAAUCUCCUGAUCACAGGGAUCGCGGGGUGAUGUGCGUCGUGCGUGUGUGGGGCCCUGACAAUUCUCGGCAGCCGGAAGGCAAUAGAGCGUCAAAUCUGGAGAACGGAAUUCUUGGCCGCUCUGAACCACUUGUUUUGCCCUGUCUCUGUUUCGCUAAAUCCUGACAUAGUCUCCCAUUCAACAUGAGCUUUGCAUUGCUCUUGCGACUGAGUUUUGGACACUCAAUACAAUUGCCGCUUUAUGACGUUCCUUCGCCCGAGAAAUUUCUCUCGACUUCUUCCACAGCGAUUCCAUUGCGACCUCGGUUGACUCUGGUCGAGAGCCCUCUGAAUGUCGAGCAGAAUCUUUCAACUGUUCGGAGCCUCGCCUCGUCUAGCCACACGCAGAAUCACGUGUCUCAGAGAGCUUUUAUGACCCGGAGCAUAAACAUAACCUGCCACAAGCGAAACCGAUCAGAACCAGUCUCGCGGGUCCACGACUGGCGCUUAUUCUAAAUUUAUGCGAGGAAGAGGCUCGCACAAGGGGCAGAAGAUUAAUUCUCCUGGCAAGGACCCUAAAGUUUUUUUAUGGUGGUCCGGAAUUUCAGACUGUCACUGGAGUAGAUAGAUGCUGCGAGGUACUGGAAGUGAAACAUGGCAGCCACUAAUGCCAAGUGGUGGCUGCUAAUAAGGUUUGCCGUAGCUCAGUCGGGCCCGUCAUCACAGCGGGACACAUGUUAAUGCUGCAUCACAAAGGCGCAGCAUAUCAGCAGUGUGGUGGACGUAAGAAGAAUCAAAAUCUGUCGAGCGGGGCGCCCGUAAAACAUACGGCAUGACUACGGAGACUGGUGAAAGUCAAGUCGUAGUUGUAUUUUUCAACCAUGCUCUUUACAUCUUUUGCAUGUAAGACUGUUUGUAGCGAAGAAAUAGAACGAUGCAAUGUUCGACGCUUUUCGUGAAAAGAGAUGCAAGUCCUUUGGGGAUGCAGUCAACGGUGGUUGAGGCAAAAUCGGCAGGUGGUGCCAAGUAUGUGGCUGUAGCGGGAAAGGCGGCAUCCCGCUGAGCACCUCGAGGCCUAUCCAUAGACUUUUCAACAUUAAAUUAAUAUUUCUUAUUCGACAGAAAGAAACUGUGCGUCCGGCAGUCCAUUC